GAAGAAGAAGAAGAAGAAGAAGAAGAAGGAGACGAAGACGACGGCGGUGACGACGACAACGGCGACGACCGCGACGAAGACGACCAAGAAGAGGGAGCGCACACACUGUAGAGGAGAAUGCUGUUGCUAUUUUCGAGUCCGCCAAAUAUCUCGGUGGCACACGGUGCUGCUGCUCGUUGCUGUUCGUGUUAGCCCUGCCGCCGCGGUCUUCGGCCGCGACCGCGUCCACGUUCCUCCAAAGCGCAGCCGAUUCUGCGCCGAUGACGCAUGGCCCUGACCAAACUGGGGAAGAGAGAGCAAGAGAUAGAGAAAGAGCGCGAAAGAGAAGCCAGCAAACCAGCCAGCUAGCCAUCCAGCCAGCGGAAGAAAGACCAAGAGAACGGCGUAUGACAGGCUGAGCAUUCGAGAUCCAACCGUCUGAGCGGCCGCGGGGACUCUCCUACGAGGAAGAAUCCUGGUUAGAGGGUGCGUCAGGUCGAGAGGAUCAGAAACGAGAAGCAACGGAGCGACAAACCGAGAGAAUCAAGACAGAGGACAAAGGGAGAGAGAGGGAGUGUCGCUUUAUAUCUUGGAAGGAUAUCAUGGCGGGUGAGGACACGCAGAUCCUAGCGAACGGAAACGUCGAGGCGCUCACGAUAAUCCCACCAAAGAUGGCGAACGGGAACGGAUUGAUAUGCGGUAAACAGCACAACAAUAACGGUUCGAUACCGAACGGGAAGCUGCACGAGAUGGUUGGGACGGAAAACGGGAAGCUGAUCGUGUCCGACGAGAAAUCGAGUAGCCUGCACACGGAGUUCGAUGACGCGGACGUAUCUUGCGGCUGGGGUCCGUGCAGGCCGCACUGGCUUCAGUAUUUUGCCACGAAGCAGGCCUUCUUGGUCACCUUCUGCAUCACUUGGGUUCUUCAGGGAAUGUACUUCACGUACUUCGUCUCGGUGAUCACGACGAUCGAGAAGCUCUUCCAGAUCCAAUCGAAGACCACCGGUAUCAUAAUGUCGGCAACGGAGAUCGGCCAGAUCGGUUCGUCUCUUCUGCUCACGUACUACGGGGGCCAAGGUCAUCGGCCUAAGUGGAUCGCUUGGGGCAUGAUCCUGUUCGCGGUGAGCUCGUUCACCUGCUCGAUGCCCCAUUUCAUCUUCGGCGAACAGCUGAUCCAUCAGAACGAGAUGUUGGUGAGUGGUGUGGGACCGAGGGGCGAAGGAGGAGGGCGGAACAGUACCGAUCCGAUACCCGCGAACCUCUGCAGGUUGCAGGAACGACCGGAGAACAUGACGCUCGACGAGUUGUGGAUCUCCUCGACGACACCGGCACGGAGCGACAUGGUCGACUACUGCGAGGGCGAUUUCAAGGCGGAGCAGAUGAUACAGAGUAAAAUAAAGACGGUGGUUUUGGCGAUAUUUUUCGUAUCGUUGUUGGGUGUUGGCAUGGGUCAGACGGCGGUCUAUACCUUUCCUUACAUCGACGACAACGUAGCCAGCAGGGAAAGCCCACUGUACUUUGCAAUCACUAUCGGCGUGAGGAUCCUCGGCCCGGCUCUAGGGUUCAUUCUGGGUUCCCUGUGCACGAUGAUUUACGCAGACUUGUCGGUGAAUCCGCAAAUCACGCCGACAGACCCGCGAUGGGUCGGGGCAUGGUGGCUCGGUCUGGUGCUAAUAUCCGCUAUGCUGAUGCUGGUCAGCAUAGGAAUGUUCGCGUUUCCGACGAGGUUGCCCGCGAGCAGAACGCCGCCGAAACGAUCGGACUCGAAAAAGCCCAGCCUCAGAGACUUCCCUAAUGCGGUGCAGAGGCUGUUGAAGAACGACAUUCUUAUGUUCCGCACGGCCAGCAGCGUACUGCACAUCCUACCGAUCGCCGGCCUCUACACCUUCCUGCCAAAGUACCUCGAGAGCCAAUUUCGCUUGCCGGCUCAUCAUGCGAACAUGAUCUCAGGUGUCGGUGGUAUUUUAGUGAUGGGUCUGGGUAUUAUAAUUAGCGGAGUGUUCAUUUUGAGGGCAAAACCGAACGCCAGGUUUGUCGCAGCCUGGAUCGCGUUCACGGCGGUUGUCUAUGCGAUCGGCAUGGGUGUGCUGAUGUUCAUCGGCUGCCCGAUGGACGAUUUCGCCGGUCUGGUUUCGCAUUCCAAUGGAUUGUCGAACUUCGAGCCAACCUGCGACGUUAGCUGUGACUGUGACAGAAACAAAUUCAGUCCGAUUUGCGGUGCCGACGGUCAGACCUAUUUUUCCGCGUGUCACGCCGGUUGCUCCAACUACACUAUAGUCGACGGCAAAGUAGAUUCGUUUAACAACUGCCAGUGUAUCGGGCCGAACCUAACGACACCGGGAACAACGAGCACGGCGAUGAUUGGUUACUGCGAACUCCAGUGCAGUAACUUUUGGGUUUACAUGGUACUUUUCUCGGUGUUCGUUUUCAUCCACUCGACCAGCGAGGUGGGCUCGAUGCUGUUGAUUCUACGGUGCGUGGAUCCACGAGACAAGGCGAUGGCUUUGGGUCUCAUACAGUUCGCCAUCGGCCUGUUCGGUAACGUCCCGUGUCCUAUCGUUUAUGGUGCUGUAGUGGACUCUGCUUGUCUCGUAUGGGAGUACGCUUGCGGCGAGCGAGGUGCUUGCUGGCUCUACGACUCAAACGUUUUCAGAAUGUUCUAUCACGGUACAACCGGCGGCAUCCUAAUUCUGGCGUUCGUGGUGGACAUAGUGGUCUGGUAUAAAGCCGGAAGCAUCAAUUUCGUGGAGGAGCAGGAAGCAGAGGAGGGUACCGUAGAGGAGAUGGCCACCCUGAAGUCUCAGGAUGCGCAAGCCGUCGAGAACGACUAUUUGUGAAGGGCGUCGGCCGAUUGUUACGGUAUCCCGAAAAUCAGGCCUGAAUUUAGCGUCGUAAGCCGGGACGAAGCGACGCGAGGUGUUCCUAACCGACGAAGAUUCGGUGCCAGUAGUAACGCCGGAUGGCGGAUCGGUGGUCGACGUUGUGU